AUGCGUACAGCAACAAUUCUGACGUCACAUUCAAUUUUGCACGAUCAGAGUUGUUUCGAUAGAUGAUGUCCGCUUCCUGUCAAAGGAAUAUUCUAGUCAUUACAUCAUAACGAAGAACAGUUUUCUCAACAUUAAACCAAAGAACUUGAUGCCGUUCAGCCCAGAAUUCAAGAUGAUUUGACUCUGAAAUGCCGCUUCACGUCGUUGCACGUGCGGUAAGGAAAAAACAUGGUUGCCAUAUAUUGACAAUGUGCUUUGUUUACUUAUGAUCGAAGACAAAAGUAGUAGAAGUCUCGAUUUAAAAAUAACAACUGAUUCACUUUCCUUGUGGAGACAUUAAAGGGGAAGAAUAAAAUAUUAGUCACGUUUUGUAGUGAAAGGUUUAUACGAAAUGCUUCUGAAGCAGUACUUCACAGAUGGGCUUGUGCAGAUUGCCAUUGUUCUGAGUUUGUUACGAAUUGAUCUCAACAGUUACUUGAACACUAACUAUGUAAACUACCCAGAGGUGCAAGAGCUGAUUCUUGGACAGACGGCAGUGUACACACAAACUAAUUUUCACAGAAAUAGUUUCGAAAACUAUUAUUCAGGACAUGAGCAUUUAAAAAGUAUAGAGAGUGAGGCAUCAAUUAUCCUUCAAGAUCUCCGUUCAUUAAGUCGUUUCGCAAGACAUCAAGUCACAAGACAGCAGAGGAUAGCGACGUUUCUUGUUGGCUUAUCCAACGGAGGUGGACGUAUUUUGACAAAUUCACAACCGCAGGAUACGCAACCUGUGAACAAUGACAACGUAAAUGAAUCUCCGACAACAGAACAGUCGUCCGGAACGGCACAAGAAGAGGAAAAUGCGGAACCCCAAGAGCAAGAGGAAGUCAUUCUUUGUCAAGUCGAUGCUGACUGCUCUUCAGCAGUAGAUCCAUCUUUUGAGGACCUAGACCUGAUAGACGUACUAUGGAGGCAAGACAUAGAUCUGGGGGUAGGGAAGGAGAUGUUCGACGUGAAUCUCCGGAGAGAACUCGAACGAGAGAGAGAAAUCGAACUGCAGAAAGAAAGGCAAAAACAAAAAGACAGAGAACUUUUACAAGCCAAGCUUGAGGAGCAGCGUCGACGCCACGAGCAACAAUGGAUGGCGGAGAACUUCAUGAGGGACGGAGAGACAGGUGAAUGGGUGCCUAUGAAUGGAAGAAGGGCCCCCUCCCAACCCCUGGCUUCUCCUCCUGCAGUCCCCCAGAACAUGUCUCCACAAGUGCCCAAUGUGGCUCCCCCCAAUGUCACCAAUAUGGGUCAACAGAGUAUGAACCAGACCAGCCAGUUUCAGAAUUACCAGUCCUAUGAAACUGGGAUGCCCAUGAUGAACAGCUCCAUGCCGCAGCAUCUGAGUGUGCUGGAGAACGACUAUCACAUUCCGACCUCCAACCAGAGUUAUCCGCCCCAGCUGGCCUCACCUUCCCAUCAGCCCAUCACGUCCCCGCUCCAUCACAUGUCCCCAGAACAGAGUCACCUUCAGAACUACACGUACAAUCAAACGCAGCAGCAGAGUCAGGGUAACUACCACCCCCAGGAAAGGAUGCCCCAGCCCCGGUAUGCCACCCAGGAGAACCGGGGCUACGGCGGCAACACUUCCCUGGAGGAGACCUGGAUGGACCUGGUCAACAUCCUGGAGCUCCCCAGCAACGACAGUGCCGGCAUGGUCAAUAACAUGAACGGCCCCGGGCGCAUGAUGACCCCCCAGAAUCACUCCAACGCCCUGAUCCAGAACGUUACCAUGCCCACCCCCAUCAACAACACUGUCAACACUAACAGCUUUGAGCCUCAAACGAGGAGUAACUUCACCUCUGCACCACCCAGUGAGGGCUGCUCCUCCCCACUAGAGUGGAACCCAACCAGCAUGUUGUUUAACGGAAGCAGUACUGGCCCGGAGCCCAGCGGAGGGAACCUCACCACCCAGGUGGAUGACAUUCUAUCCAACAUCAUCGACGAGGGCCUUGAUGACCUCAAUAUCACCGAAAUGGCCUUAGAAGAUGCAGGUUUAGGCUCCAUGCAGAUGCUUGAUGAUGCCAGCAGCGAGUCUGGAAUUUCCAUGGGUGGGAGCUCGGGAGGUUCUCCCUCACAGGAUCACUUUAGCGAGGGAGCCAUGUCCCCGUAUGAUGGUAUGGAGGGUGGAGCCCGUGGGGGCGGUGACUUUGGUGAUGGCACCCCCGACUUUGGGAAAAGGCCCAGGAAAUACAAUUUCAAUGGUGGAUUUAACUACAAUGAAAAUGGAGCCGAAUCUUCUCAGUCCAACUAUUCCUCGUCUUCUAACGACACCGAUUUCCAAUACCGUCCAUCCAGCACUAAUCAUAUCAGACACAACCACUCCUACCCACUGCAGCCCGGGCAGGAGCCCAGAGAGUUCAAGAAAUACUCCAUCACGGACAAACCCAAACAAAAGGGGCCGCACUGCAGGGACAAGAAGAGGCUGGAGGAUCUCAAGGUGCCCCUGUCCAUGGAUCAGAUCGUGGAAUCCCCCGUGGAGGAGUUUAACGAGAUCUUGACCCACCACAAGCUCUCCGAGUCACAGCUCCAGCUGAUCCGAGACAUCAGGCGACGCGGCAAGAACAAGGUGGCAGCCCAGAACUGCAGGAAACGCAAAAUGGACGUAAUUGUUACACUGGAAGACGAAAUGACUCAGCUGAAAGAAUCCCGCGAAAAACUGAUGGCUGAGAGACAGAUGAUCGACAAACAGACACGGGACAUGAAAGAUAAGUACAGCGCCCUCUACAGAGAAAUCUUCCUGUCUCUUCGCGACGAACACGGACGUCCAUACGACCCCGCUCAGUUCUCUCUACAACAGUCCAGUGACGGAAACGUGUUCCUUGUGCCUAAAAAUGUUACGUCGGAAGAACAGCUGGAAAUGAACAAGAAGAUCAAGGAGGAGCGGGACAAGGACUCUCACUGAGGACCAGCUUACAGUCCCAGAAAUCCACUUUGUGCACCCAAACUGUUGCUAAGAUACUUUGCAUUUUUCCCCUUGUUUUGGGAAAUUAAGAAUCUUGUUCUAGUAUAAAGAUCUGUGAUCAAAUUUAAGUGCUUGAAAACCUAUACUCAGGAAAACUUGCAGUUUUCUUACAAAAACAAAAAAAAAUUGUCAUAAUUUAUGAAAGUUUUGUAUUUAUGAUUAGGAUUGACCCCAUUCCCCUACAGUUUGGCUUGGCAAGUGUUGUCAGGGUAUUAGGUUUGUGUGCUAGUUACUGAAAUAAGUCCCGGUGGUGAACGACCAAAGAUAGGGGUAGAAAAGCUGGAAGUAGAUAAGACACUCAUUAAAAUGUAUAUGCUGAAAGCUAUACAAAUUUUGUCAUAAAGCAUCAAAUGGAAUGUUUCUAAGCUGGAGAAUUAUGUGGUUUGUUAACCUUAAAAUUUGAUAGGAUUUAGUUAUAUUAAUUAGGCGUGCGUUGAUGGCAAGAGUUCAAUUUAUUUUAUCUGUACUUCAACUCCCUAUAAGUACACAGUUGAAAAAACGGGGGUCAGGGGUUAAGUGGUAAGGACAUUAAUUAUUCAGCUGUGGAUUGAUUCUUUGUUCUUCCCCUACUUGUCCAUUGUCCUCAUUGAUUGUCGGAGACAAGGAAACAAUAAUCCUUUGUACAGCUGAUGAUAUAAAAGAUGAACUCAAUAAAGAGUAAUUAGAUAUGAAAGAUUAAAACUCAGUUUUGCGUAAUUGGAGCCUGGCAUGUCUUAUCAUUUUAAGAAUCAUUUAUUGUUUUGAACUGUUUUUUUGGCAUCAGAAUGUUUAUAACUGCCAUUAAUAAUAUUUUGUUAUCUAUAUAUUUACAUCUGUCCUGUGUUACAUUUAUUAUUCUUUUAAGGAGUUUUCAAUUUGCAAUAUGAAUAGUAACGAGGAUUGGAGUAGCCUGAUAAAGUGAAAAAAUGUUAGAUUGGUAUCAAAUAUUAGUACGAAAUAUUAAGGAUUGGCUCGUGUUUCCAUACUGAAUGCCAAGUUCGAAUCUACGGGAAAUGUGAUCACAUUGCACGUUGAAAUGUUACAUGUUAUUUAAAAACUUGGCUCUAUUUGGAGUACAAAAUGUAUUCAUUUUGAUUCCUGUUAAUAUAUUCAUUUUUGUGUUUUGACUUUCCCUCAUGUUUGUUUCUGUAUGCAUAUCACUUGGAACCCCCAUCCCCCCUUCAUCCCAUAACAAAGCAUAGUUUGUAAAACGGGCUUAAUUUUGUACAUUUGUUUCAUUGCAUGUACAUAAUGUGUACAUACUGUAAGUUUUUGUUAUUAUAUAUUUGGUUCUUGCUUCGUAUACUAUUGAUGUUACUGAUACACUACCCUCUUUGGUCUUUGAGUUACGAGUAAAGCAGAGAAUAUAUCUCAAUCUAAAUAGAGGUCAUUUUUAUCAACAAAAGUGCUGCCUUAUCGACUUACAACUUUUUAUUUGGGUAAAGUUCAGUGCUUUCAUAGACACUGCACACUUUGUUUCAUAGAAAUAAUGGUAUUUAUUCUGAAUUGUAGCAAUUGUGAAAAUUUUUGCCUCUCCUUUUCUUUGUUUCAUGUUUUUCAAUAUUACGACAUCAUUUUAAUCAUUGAACCAUGCAGGAAAUGCUUUCAAAUCUGAAAUAAUUUACCAUUGAAAGUUCUUGUUGGUGAUUGUUAUUGAAGACUAUUACAAACUGAAUGCUUUUGACAUUUGACGGAUUAUUUCCUAGCAUUCUGUUGUUUAUUUUGUUUCUGCGUGAUUGUUGAAAUAUUGAUAUCGUCUCACAAGUUAUGGUUGUGUAUAGGCGUAUUCAUAUGAAUAAAAUAUAUUUUCUGUAAA